AUUCAACACUGUUCAAUUUUCCAGGGUUCCAGAAAAACCAACUUACCUCUAUAAACUAAGACCAAUAAUUACCCAUUUCUAAAUAUAAUUAAAAUAUAUACCCAUUUCUAGAUUUCCCCACCUUCAAAUUUCUUACCUUUCAUUCUUUGCAACUUUGAAUAUUGUUGUUGUCCUUUGAAUUUCCAGAAUCAAACAUUAGUCUUCCAAUUUCUGGGUAAUUCUGAGGUUGUUUCAAACUUCAUCUUCAACAAGUUUCAUCUUAAGCUUGACUUUUUUUGAAAGUAUUGAUUUUUCCUCAUAUAUAUUCAUUAGGAAAUUUCCAGGUAAAAAAUUGCUUCUAUAAAGACAUCUCCUUUUUGUUUCUUCCUUGCCUUUUGAUUCAGUAUUCUUGGAUUUCAAUUUGUAUAUUUGUUCAAGUUCCAAAACCCAGAUGAAAUUUAGACUAGUUUGCAAUUUCUGUAUAGUAAUUCAUAUAAACAGCUGAAUUUAGCAGAAUUUAGCAGAAUCUAGCAGAAUUUUGAAUACCCUUUUCAUGUAACACUAUUAGAACUUCCAAUUUGAUUGAGCAAAUGUCACUUGUAGUUUACCUGAGUUUGAAGUUCUAAUUGAUCAGUAGUAUUGAAGAAUGUAUUUGCAACAUUGAACAGAUGUCACUUGCAUGUUGCUUGCCUAUAGUUGAAUGUGUAUACUGUUUAGCUUGUGCUAGGUGGGUGUGGAAAAGGUGUAUAUAUGCUGCAGGCCAUGAAAGUGAGAAUUGGGGGGUUGCCACUGCUGAGGAAUUUCAGCCUAUAUCUCGGCUUUGUAGAUAUAUUCUAGCAGUAUAUGAGGAUGAUCUUAGAAAUCCAAUGUGGGCACCCCCGGGUGGAUAUAAAAUGAAUCCUGAUUGGGUAGAGCUUCGAAAAGAUUAUGAAGAGACCGGGGGUCAGGUGACUCCUUACUUAGUAUAUCUCGAUCAUGACAAUGCCGAUGUAGUGCUGGUUGUUAGGGGACUAACUAUGGGGAGAGAGAGUGAUCGUGCCAUUCUGUUCGAUAAUAAACUAGGGAAGGCACCAUUUGAUGGUGGGUAUGUUCACAAUGGCCUUUUAAAGGCUGCUCAGUGGGUUUUUAAUAUGGAGCAUGAGGUCUUGAGGGGUUUGCUUGAGAAAAAUCCUACUUAUACAUUGACGUUUGCUGGUCAUUCAUUGGGCGCUGGAGUAGUCUCAUUGUUGACACUUGUGGCUGUGCAAAAUCUGGAUUUGUUGGGGAACGUUGAGAGAAAGAGGAUCAGAUGCUAUGCAAUGGCUCCCCCGAGAUGUAUGUCCUUAAAUUUGGCUGUCCGAUAUGCAGAUGUUGUCAAUUCUGUUGUGCUUCAGGAUGAUUUCUUACCCCGGACUACUGCUGAUUUGGAAGAUGUGUUCAAGUCACUGGUUUGUUUGCCAUGCUUAUUGUGCGUUAUGUGCUUGAAAGACACUUGCAUGAUGGAGGAGAAGAUGAUUACAGAUCCAAGGAGGCUGUAUGCACCAGGUCGUGUAUAUCACAUUGUAGAGAGAAAGCCCUUUAGACUUCAAAGAUUUCCUCCAGUUGUGAGAACAGCAGUUCCCGUCGAUGAAAGAUUUGAGCAUAUCAUCCUAUCCUGUAAUACUAUUUCUGACCAUGGAAUUAUUUGGAUUGAAAGAGAAUCCCAAAUCGCUCUUGAUUUGAUGAUGGAGAAUGAUCGUGUCAUGGAAAUUCCACCAAACCAAAGAAUGGAACGGCAAGAGAAACUUGCAAGAGAACAUACACAAGAGUAUAGGCAAGCCCUUCAACGGGCUGUCGCCUUGGAUGUUCCAGACUCUUACCCGCCACCUUCCCCGUAUGGAACCUUCAAUGACCCCGAGUCAGGGGAAGGAUCGAAAGUGUCGAGUGUUGAAGGAUCGAAAGUGUCGAGUGUUGAAGGAUCGAAAGUGUCGAGUGUUGACGGAUCAUUGUCAUCAUCCAAGAGGAGGGAGAGCUGGGGUGAUUUUGUUGGGCGACUUUUUGACACUGAUGAGACUGGCCAUAUGGUACUAAAGCAAUAAAUUGCAUUAUGCGUAUUGCUAAUGGUUAUUCACAUUCUUUGAUACAUAGCCCAUUACCUUGUACAUUAGAAAUUUUUGUCCUAUAUUAGUUAAAAAAGGGAUCAUUCUUUCACCUGUUUUGUUAGUAAUCUCACUUAUCCACAUUAUCGCGUUAAGUGUCAUGAAGCCAACAUGUUAGGCUCUACUUUGUAAAGCAAUUUUGAUUAGUAAACGCAGUUCUAAUAAGCAACAAUCAGGUUUUAUCAGUGA